GCCACCGACAACAACCGCCCAAGUACUCCUGGUACCGGUUCCUUUUCUGCAUGUCAAUCUCCUUCACAGUCAAGUUACUCCUUCCUGGCCGAUGAUGAGGCAAGUGGCACUGGUGCUGGCAGCUCUCUGAGUCCGGCCUCUGGUAGCGGGCAUUUCACUCAGCCAAGUCAGUCACGUCUGCAGCAGCAACAGCAGCCACAGCCUUCUGGAUCGACCUACCACUCAACGGGAGGAGUUUCAUGUGCUACCGAUUCCUACCAUCAUCAUACUGGUUCGGGCUCGGUCCAGGGUACCGUAGGGGGGUCCUUGAAUAACCAAGCUGUGACAUACUCCGGUUACCCUCAGCAACCACUUGGUUCCAAUUCCUCAGCCGCACAAUCUCUACCCCAGCAGAUGCACUCCCACCAUGGAAAUGUGCACUCGCUUCAACAUCAAAUACAACAGCACUCGCAGCAGCAACAGCAGCCUCAAUCCCAACAACAGCUGCAAUCACAGCAGCAACAGCAGCAGAUGCUAUCUCAACAGAUGGCUAACUCCUAUGGCCUCUCUAGCCAUGUAUCUAGUGGUGGACCAUCUCCAUCCAGUCAAGGUUAG